AAAAGGCAUAGAGUUACCUACCUUGAUGCGUAUUUCCGCCAUGUUUCUGUUUUCAAGAAGCGUGAAUAUGUGAUUGCUGCUAUAAUGCAGCCUGUCAUUGUGUUGUUUGGGACUCCAAUCCGUCACUUUAGGUAGGCAGAAGGGGACAGUUAAGUAUGAGUGCAUCUGUCCCCUCUCUGGAUGCCAUUCCCCUCCCGGGGGAGACAGCUGGCGAUCAGAAAAGUGAGAAGAAAAAGUCAAAGCUCAGAAGAUUGCAGGAUUCCAAUCAGCCAUCUAGUAUACUUGUAACCAAAGUAGUUACCACAAAAACAUCUAGUCACCCUCACCCAGCCAGCAAACUAAAGACGAUAGAUGGCAAACAGAAGGGUCUUCCUGUGGCACCAUUCCCCGACCUGGCUAGUGUUAGGAAUCAGUCUACCUCAACAGUACCAAAUCUGGCAAACUCCCAAAGCUCAUGUUCCAAUCCAUCAAGUGCUGGGACUAAGUCACUCUCAUUACCUCCCUCACAGACUAUUGUUGAUGAAUUAUUCAAAGAUUUCCUUGCCUCGAAACAGAAGGAGGAACAGAGCACACUAGACCAGAAUGACCCUGAUAUUGUGAGUUCCAUGGAAGAGAUGAGUAAACUGUUGGACGAGGAAAUCAGCAUGAUUAAUGGGAACACUAUUUCACAGAACCAACGCAAGAAAAAGGGGCGGUGGGAUUGUGAAGAAAAGAAAGAAAGUGUGAAUGUCGUGGAAGAGAAAACAAAAAGUGAACGUAAGAAAGGUAGAUGGGAUAGUGAAUCUAGGAAGGAGAGUGAAGUUAAGAUUGGUGUUGAAGUUGUGAGCCAUGGGGCUGAGGUGGAGAAGGCUGACGCUGACGAGGCAGUGAAUGAGGGGAAAGAUAAAGUGGGGGGGAUCAAGCUUGAGAUCAGUAAGCAGAGCAGAGACUGGAUUAACUCAGGGGACAUGACGGACCAGAAGAAGAAGGCGGUGUUGGAGGAAGGUGAGGUUUUGUCUUCGUCCAGCGACGAGAGCGACGAGGAGUCUGAGGACAGUGAAGUAGUUGAAGAUGGUCUUAUAGAAACAGGGUCACUUUCCAACUCAGACAAGGAAGGAAAGAGCAAAUCAAAGAAGAAGAAAAAACACAAACAUAAACACAAAAAGAAGAAAAAACACAAAAGCGCUAAGGGUGAACGAAAAAAUUCCAAAGAUAAGAGUUCUAAAGAGGACAGGAAGGAAGGGAAGAAGGAUGUGAAAAAGGAAAAGUCGGAGGAAGGGAAGAAGAAAGAAGACAAGAAGGAGAGGAAGAAAGAAGACAAGAAGGACCACAAAUCAAAGAGUUCUGAGAAACGGAGACACUCUCGAUCAAGAUCUAAGUCACCCAAAAGAAGGCGGACGCGGUCUCGUACGAAAAGCAAAGAGCGACACAGAGAGAGAACCGAUGAUCGGGAUGCCAGGAGUUAUGGAGGCCUUGGUCAUCCUAGAUCAGACAGACAUCAUCGGAGGUCAAGGAGCAGGUCAAGGUCACGAGAUAGGUCAAGGUCGAAGUCCAGAGAAAGGUCAAAGUCCCGAGAUAGGUCACAUGAGAAAUCCCGCCGGAGAGACCGCGAUGAACGACAUCAUGACAGAGAGUACCGGCAUCGUGAAAGAGAGCGAGGUGGCGAGAGGGACCGAAUAAAGGAUGCUGAUCGAGAAAAAGAUUUACGUGUGAAAAUAGACAAAUCCAAGCUCAGGAAAAUAGCCAUUGCCAAUGUGCUGGCUGCUGUGAAGGCCGGUGAACAGGGUGCGGAUGUGGAUCUCGCUACUCUCAAAGCUGGGGGCAAGUCGGUGGAGGAACUGACAGAUUUCUGUAAGAAGAUCUCUGAGAAAGGCUACAGUGAUAGCGACAGUGACAGCGAGUAUGGGCGACACUCGGAUGGGGAGGAGGGGGAGGGCCCCUUCAUCAACCACCCCUUCAAGCUGAGGGAUCCAUCCACACUCCCCAACAUCAUCAUGAACAUACGGAACUCGAAGCAGCUGCCAGUGCUCACCCCUCAGGCCAAGGCGACCCAGUGUGCCCAGCUUCGCCUCCAGUUCCCGGUCUCCAGCGGCAGCCAGCACCGCGCCAAGGAGGACCAGUGGGUGCCGGUGGAGAAGACAACAGCCCCCGUCACGACAACCAUUGCAACCAUUACACCUGUGGUGGCAACAACAGCAGCAGCAGCAGCAACUGUGGUGACUCAUACAACAGCAGCUCAGGCCGUGGCCCAGACAGCUGCUGUGAGUGUACCACUGUGUGUACCCCAGGAGGAUAAAGUCUUCCCUGACCCCCCCGCAGAGCCCAUUGACAUCGGUGCUAUCGUGUCGGAGAGGCUAUCCCUGGUGCGGAAGCUCACAGAAAACCCGUACGACGUCCAGGCCCUCUGCUCUAUGCACAAAGCCCAGGAGAAGUCCAGCCAGUGGGCCCAGUCCAAGUUCCUCCCUGGCCAGUUCACCGGCAGCACCGGAGUACAGCCUCUCUCCCAGCUGGAGCUCGCGGGACCAGAUAAGAAAAAUCAAGCGUGGUUUAAGAAGGUACACCCCCCAUGGCAUGCACCUGUGAUGGCAUUUGGGCCUGGUACUGACUUUGCUCUCUAAACUGUCGCAUCUUCGUCAACAUGUACCCCGAGCAUCCAGGAAGUGAAGAGAUUGUCGACCCACCAGACCGGUAACAUGCCUCUGUCGCUGUAUCGACUGUGGGUGGGGACACGGAGGCAUAUUACCGGUCUGGCUGAACCAUUCGGAUCACCUGUUAUUCCAGGCCUCCCAUCACUUACAUCUCUCCUCUCUUCUUUCUAUCAUAGUUGUUAUCUCCCUUUGAGUGGUGGCAGUCAGUCAUAGGUUGGAAGAUAGGCUAGCGACUCGCUUGUCACACACAGGGCUUGAAAGUAACGAUAGCCAGCGGAACAAUUUACAUGUAAAAUACUGUUUCUCAUUUUAAAAUGUCACACUUAUUUAGUUCUAGCAGAGACCAUAUCUAUUGUAUGGUCUCUGGUUCUAGUCCACUUCCUCUGCACUUCUUGCUUCUACCAAGAGAAAAACAACCAUUUUCACGACUUGUAGGUAAAAGCAUUUGAUUAAUGGUUCAUUGAAAAAAUAAGAUGAUGAUGUAACAGUUAGUAUUUGUUUUAGGCAUUAGUUAGACAGAUAAUGUUUAGCCCUGCUAAUGUAUAUAUUGUGAGGCUAAUGAUGGAUACCCUUAUCCUGACAUGGUUGUAAUAUUGCUUUAAAUUGAGAGUAUCUCUUAAGUCUCGGUCAUCAGGAAGGUCUUGCAUAUCGUAUGUCUUUAUGGAAAUUAUCUGUAUUGGAGACUAUUAAAUUUAUCUCAUCAUAAAAUUCUUUUCGGAAAUAUGAUCAGUUGCACUAGAUUCAGUGCUUUGUUUCAAAUAGCUAUAAAAAUAAUUCUGUAAAAAGUGAAACUUUCUACUCCAUUACUGAAUGUAUUUAUCCACUUGAUAGUGUAGUUGAAGUGAGUAGUGACAUGAACUUCUGGAGCUCUGCAUGCUUCUCUGUACAACAUAGAGCUUUCUCUGUUUUGGAAACAGUGCUAUUUUAUCAUGCAGAUGCAUCCUUGUAACUCAACCUAACCCGUUCAGCAUUAAUACAGAAACUAUGAACUCCUUAUAACCUGCGCUUGAACAUUUAUCUUCACUGAAAAUAUAGCUAUCUGUUUUGUAUAUAUCACUGUAUAUAUCUAUUGUGUAUCUGUUCCGUAGAGAUGUAUGUAGUGAUGGUGGGAGGUCUAGUUUAACAGGUGAUUUACACAAAUACUAGGAGUCCUUAUGUCUUUUGUCUGUAUGGAGGCAGUGUCCGAACUAUCUACAUGAACAUUCAUUAUGUAAAUAUAAAACAGACAUCCUAGAAAUAGGUUCUGUUCAAAAUUAGAUAUUAAUUUGACAACCUGAUGCACUUGAGUCAGGCUGUUGAUAUCACUGCGUCCAUACAGAUCCCCUUGAUGAGAAUCUUGUGACAAGAAUCCAGGGGCAGACGUAGUACCACUGAAUACUGCCGCACCGCCACCUCUCCACAUUCAGGCUGCUGAGAAUUGUCUCCCCUGAAAAUGAACACUGCGUAUUUUGCAUCCAUCUUUUGCAUAUAUUUUGCCCAAAGUGACAAAAACUUGAUAGCUUUGCAUAGGUGUCUCUGUCGUCAUGACAUUGUAUAUAUUAGAAAAUCUUCAAACUUUUAUUAUUUUUACUAACUACUGUAAUGGUCAGCUACUGAGGAAUUUAUCCCCCUAAAGGACUUCUGGUGUAUUCGAUGCCACUGUUGCCCAUGUAAAACAUUCUAGACUUAUUUCCUAGACUUGCCUCAAACUGACAUUAGUCCUGAUCUCUUUGGAAAAGGUAAUGCUCACUUCCCAUCCUGAAAUAAGAUCAGAUGAAGACUGUCUGUAAUAGUGGUCGCACAAAUUGGCUUGCACAAGAACAACAAAAGUUUAGUGUAGUUCAGGGGAGACAACUCUGAUUGGUAUGACCAGCUGGAAGCUUGUUGCAGGGUUCUGUUUUGACAAAACACAGGCGUGUAGGUUGACGUUGAUACUAGUGCUGAGGUACAGCACAAAGUGGUACUGGAGCCUAGCUGGUGGUAAGUACUCGCUGCACGAAACACCCAGUUACCUUCAAACUAUACAGGGGCACUUCCAGAUUCAUACGUUUAAAUGGUAGGCUUAAAAAAAUAAAAGAAUUGGUUCUCAUGCAAUGGUUUUUGAAAAUCUAGUGCAGGAGGGCGGUGUCGUUUUCUUUUUUGGGGGGUUGUUCAAACUAGUAUGUAACCAAUAAACAGUUCUGUAAUCUAUAAACAAUUUUGUACAAUCAACCUGGAAAAGGGCCUCCCUACAGAAAUGGAAUACAGUAUUUGAUUACCGUUGGACUUGGAAUAUUUAAGGAUUUUUUUGUACUUUCAAAUUUAUGAUGAUGCGGGCGGUGCCUGCGAACCAAGACUAUUAUUUUUUUUAGCCUUACAGAACAUUAGUUAAAGGUGAAGGACUUGAUGAUUUCAUAAUGACCAAUAUAACCUGAAGAAGGCAAGGAUCAUGGCAUCUUAUUUAAUGAUAAUAUAUUUCUAUAUAUAGUGAUUAAUAUAAGUAAUAGCAAGGAUUUCUCUAGGACUCCAAACUAAGUGGCAGGCAAAUUGAGCCUACCGUAUUUUGAAUAUUAGAUGUUUAUACACACCAGCCUAUAAUUGAGUCUGGGCUAGUCACUCUGUAAUAAAGGUAGAAGCUGGGUCUCUGUUAGAUGCCGGUUCUAGAUAAGUCCCUGAAUAUGCUUGGUUUCAUAGCUUUGAUAUUAAAGUUUAUUAAUAAUAAUUUAAUUUGAUUAAGUCUGUAGAAGACAGAGCAUCAUGUUAUAGUAUUGGCUUGGAACUGGGUGUUAGUGCUGUGAGAAGGAACAUACAUCAUUUCAUUUCAGUGACUGAUUGUCGAGACAGCCUUUCGAGUAGAAGGUUUCUUCAAAAGCAGUGCCUAUUGUUGUGUUCGAAUCUACCUGUUCACCACACUGUGUGCCUUUGUGAUUGGCUGUUGAUAUUAUCGGCUGUCAUCUGUACAAAUGACGUUUUUCAUGUGUGUGUAUGAAUAACAGUAUUAUUGAUCUUGAAAGAAAGUUUAUUCUAUUUAUAUGCAUUUCUUAUUUCACUUCAGUUCUUGGUGAAUGAACAAUAAUGAAGCUUGUCUCUUUGAGGCAGAAUAUGGCCCAGUACCCCAUUUGUGAUAUGUUGUCACUAAAGAGGAUUGAAGGGACAAGAUGGCUGUUUGCUAUUGAUAAUCCUACAUAGGCCAGCCAUGGCACGGCUGACUUCGUGGGUCAUUGUCCCUCGAUGGCAAGACCUGUUGCUCAUGCCAUCAACCACUGGUUUACCUGUCCACGACAGGUUGAGAUGAUGUAGCUGAGAUACUGCUGACGAUGAAAGUGAUGUUUGUAAUGUGUACAGAGCUGGGCUGGAAUGACAUGCUGAAAUCUCAAUACGAUCUGUAUCACGACACUUCAUAUGUAUCAUGGGACAUCAUUUUUUGUUAGAAAUUAUUCCGAAGUGGUGAUUUUAGUGGUAGAAACUAACAGUCGAUGUUAAUAUUAUUUUAAGCAGGACUAACCUUGUUCCUAAAAAUAAUGUUUAUCAGUGUUAGCUUGUGAACAGAUGAUGGAAAUAGUUACUGAAAUGAUACUAUCAGUGAAGAAUGCAGCAUAUCGUAUCAAUGAGUUUUGUAUCGUGCUGCAUCAGUGCUGCAGUAAAUACUGUCAGUUUUAGCAUACAGAGUGUGUGAGUGAGUUAAACUUUUACAUUGCUUCUGUAUAGCGAUUUUGGCAUGAAUAGAGACAAAAAUAAUUUCAGUGUGUUUGACAAAUGUGCUGUGUGUUAAAUUUCAUAUAAAUUAUGGCAAAAAAACAAAUAUUGUCUCUAUGCAUGCAUUUUGAUUUAUCAUGCUAUGAAUGUUCGAUGAAACUGAAAUCAUCUCAACAUUGACACCUUGUAAAUUGUUUUUAUAAAAACAACUACCAUGACUACAGGUAUUACAUAUGUUGUAAAUAUUUCAAAAUAACAAAAGAAAUGUAACAUUCUACAAUGAGACAAUAAUAUCAUUUGAGCAGCUAGAAUAUUGUAAAAGUCAAUCAAGCAUUCAAGGCACUGUCACAAACGAUGCCCGUCUCUCCUAUUCUAGAGACAGGAUGGUUGUGUUGCUUGUAGGGCCAUUGUUGGGUAGAGUUGUAGGUGGUCUGUACUUUGAGGUUAAAGUGGCUUAUCUCCCUUUGCUUGGUGUUGUCAGGACCAGCUGAAAAAGGCGGCGCCUGUACAGGGGGGUAUCGGGAAGUGGCUGCU